AUGCCUACCAACGUUUCCGACAACACCCUAGUCACUGACGCCGCUCUUCCGAUCAACCCCUCCAGUGCCCCAGAUUCCCAGAUGGCCUACAAAGAACGCUGCAAGCAGCUGAAGAGAAUUAUUUAUCGUAAGAAGAAGAACAUCGACGCAAAACAUCGUGACUUCGAUAAGCUCCAGGACAAGAUCGUAACCGCGGAGAAGGUCAAGCCCGUCGACUCAGCAACCAUAGACAAAUUGACAAAAGAGCUAGUUGAGCUUCAUGCGUACAUCGAAGGCAUGCUCGGUAUACACAACUUCUUCGUUAAGGAGUACCAGACACUUAUCGCUGAGAAGAGUGAGAGUGUGAAGGCAAACUUAUUCAACGAGAUGGGAGCAGUGAUAAGCGAGGCUGAGGGUGUGGACUCUGAUGAUGGAGACAGCCAGGAUGAGAAUGAUCAGGCGGUCAUGUCUAACAACCCCUGCGACAACAACGAUCCGCUCGGUAGGUCCCUAACUCUAGGCAAUCCUGGCGACACUCCAGACCCCCGUAUGAUCUACAACGGACGUCGUGUGGUCGUCGAAGCCUACAUUGAAAACCUGAAGAACAAAAUCCCAGAAAUAAAGAGCACCCUUACCGAGCUGAACGACACAAUCUCACAGAUGGCGAGUGACCCCACCAUUCCGCCAGUAGUCGUUGCGCGCUUGAGAACCGAAGUUUCUCGGCUUCUUAAACGCACCGUAACUCAGCAGGAUAUGCUCGAAAAUCUCGAGGAGCAGUAUAAGGAACUCGUGAAUGAAGAAAACGAGGAGGUGAAGUAG